GAUCAAAUUGGACUACAAAACGUUUAACACUCUUGUCCGUUUCAGAAUACACAGUCCCCUCCUCUGUCUCUCACUUCACUCACUCAUCCUUGAAGCCAUGAGAACCCUCUAAGGAUCUUCCUCUCAGGGAGACAGAUAAGGUUCUGAAACCAAGCAGAUACCUCUUCUAAUGGGGUGCUUUCUUGCAUGCUUUGGUUCCUCCAAGGACAAGGAUCGACAGCGCCGCCGUAGACACAAAAUCCUCCCUGGAGAUCAGAGACAUGGAAGCUAUGAACCUCUGAAACCAGUUCUCUCUUUGAACCAAGAAAGCAAGGAAACAUCCAUUAGCUCCGUCUUGGAACAGAGGGAUAAGCCUGAGCAGCAAUUGAGCUUCAGCACCAGAAAGAAAGUCACCUUCGAUUUGAAUGUGAAAACCUACGAGAAUGUAGCAGCACCUCAAACCUCCUCAAAUUGUUCGUGGGAGAACGAUGAAGAUAAAGAAAGGGGUAAGGAAGAAGAAAAAAGGGCAAAAGCAAGCCAAUCCCUAUCGGCCUCUGAAGAUGAUUCUGUCACAUCGAGCUUGGGAUCUUACCCCCCAAACCACAGGUACCAAAAUUGCAGGGACAGCGACGAUGAAGAUGAAAAAAUAGACUUUAGCGAAAGUGAUCUGGAUGAAGAUGAUGAGGAUGAUGAGGAAGACGACGGAGACUAUGAUGGUGACGAUGAUGAACCAAUAGAAUACAAACCAGAGUCUUCGGUGUCGUUUCUCUCUUUACCAAUGGAAUCACGGACACGGGCCUGUGCUACUCUACCUAACGAUAAGGAAGUUAAGAGGUCCAUGCCGAUCUGUGGUUCAACUGAGCGGGAACUGAAAACACUACCAUUGAACCAGAAUGCUCGAGAUAGGAGCAAAUAUGUUCAAUCAGUACUGAACCCAGUUGAGAAUCUGUCACAGUGGAAAGCUGUCAAGGCGAAACCAAGAGCAGCAACACCUCCAUUAAAGAAUCAAAAGGAAAAUGGCCACUUUGAGCAAGAAACACAAAUACCCUUCAACCCAGAGCCAACUUCCAAGGUCCCACUAUUGAAAUCCAGCCAAAGCUUCAGUCACUCUAGGCAUAUAAAGCAAGAAACUGCAGUUGAUGCCAGCCUUUCAAACUGGUUGGGGUAUGCUGAAACAAUACCUACCACACAAACUAGACCAUUCACAUUUGCCACUGAGUCAGCAGAAAGAAGCAGGCCACAGAGACCGAGUUGGUCGAGAAGUCCUGAAGACCGACCAAUUCUAGGCGCAUUAACUGUUGAAGAGAUGAAACAAUUGUCAGCUUCUUCAUCCUCAAGAAGGUCACCGACACGGAGCCCUGACGAAAUUCCGAUUUUAGGUACCAUGGGGAGUUAUAAACAGAGGUUCUGCUGAUGCUUAUUCCAGUAAAUGUCAGAUUAAGAGGCCGAGAAGAGAAGGGGUUUCAAGUUGUGUGUGGUUUCAAGUCAUUGACUCCCUUUUUUAUGUGAUUUCAGGGUUACUGAUACUGUUCUGUAUGCUUGUGUGUGUGUGUGAGAUUCUAAAGCUGAAUACGGUUGUAUGUUAAAGAUUGGAAGUGAAAAAGAACACAUACUUUUAGUGUUUCA